UGGUCACGUGGCGCGGUGCGGCGGCGGCGGCUAAGAUGGAGGUCGGGGCGCUGCCGGGGUUGGCGUCUCCGCUCUCCGCCUUCUCCUCCUGCGGCAGGGAAGGCGUCGCGGCCGAGUGCGGCACGAUGCUGGCGAGCGAGAGUCUGCUGUCGCCGGAACUGGACUCGCUGAGCCCUCUGGAUGGACUCUUGUGCAGCGCCACCAGCGACACGUCCGAUGCCCCAUGGCUACAGGGUGGUGGUGGCGGCGAUGGCAGCAUUGGUGACGCCACGCUGCUCAUGGCGCUCGCAGAGACUCUGGACAGCCUGGACGACAACACGGCUUCGCCCUUCGAUGGACUCCUCGACCCGGAGCCUCGGCUGCUCGCGUGCGACGUCGAAGAGAGCUCGACGCUGAAGAGGCUGCUGCUGUCGCCCGUGAGCGGCGCGGAGUCGCGCGUCGCCUCCACGCGGAACCCGUACUCCGUGACCACCCGCCUUCCCACCUCCCCCGGCCGGCACGCGAACCGGCCCCGUCAGCGUCACCCGACGCCCACUUACCUGGAGCUGCUGCGUCACCUGUGCACCCUUGAGUCGGCCGCCUACUCCCCCGUCGGCAGCAGCGGGAGCGCUAUUUGCGACUGGGAGGGCAGCGGCAGCAGCGGGGAGGACAUGCCGGAGAAGCGGGACGGAAGCGCCGAGGGUUUCUGCGCGUCCGGUGAGAGCGGCGCGAGCAGCAGCAGCAGCAACGACGAAGACGACAUCGGCAUGCUGCUGCCGGAGGGCGAUGUGGAGGAGCUGCAGAAGCUCAUGGCCAUGGAUGGCUCGUUCGAGUUCGAUGUUAUCGACCUGAAGGAAGGCUCUGUCGUGGAGCUUGUGAGCUACAUGCACACCUACUGCGUGCGCGAUUCCGUGGCGUCGCUCUCCCUGCUGUCCCCUGUGAAGGCGCCGUGCGCGCCGGCCGUCCUCGCGGGCGGCAUGAGUCCGGACGGCGGCUCCUCCUCCGCGAGCCUCGCGGGGUCCUCGUCCAACGUCGGCGGCUCUGAGGGGGGGGAGGAGCAAGCGAGAGGGACUGAUGAUGGUGGCGACGGCGGCACCGCCGCCAACGGGACUGGCUUCCUGGGCCCUCUCGACGGGCUAUGCGAGUCGAGUUCUCUCGAUUGCAGCUCGGAGAAAGCGUCGCUCGGGCGCGACGCCAAAGAGCAAGCGGAAGGGUCGGCGGGCGCCGUUGCCGCCACCGGGACUGCGGCGCCAGCAGCGGCGACUCCCGGCCCGGAAGAAAUCUCGGCGGCAACGUUCCCCGCCGCAAAGGCGGAACGAGAAGACGAAGCGGGCGCAAAAGCUGAAAACGGAAACGCCGUCCCCUUCGCGGUGCCGCAGAAGAGGCCCAGGGGCAGGCCCCGAACGCGAAACAUCAACGGGCAGCAAGAACCGGGCGCGGCGGCCGCAGCGGCGGCGGCGGCCAUGACGAAAAAAGCUGUGCGCUCGAUCUUGUUUGAGGAGCCACCCCGGCGCUCCGUGAGGAUCAGCAAAGCGAAGAAGGAGACGAGGCAGAGCGACGCGGCGCAGCGGGGCCAGGCGAGACCUCCGCCCGAGCGCGUCGCCCACCCAGCGCUCGCGCGGGUUGACUUUAACCGCACGACCGCGGAGGUAGAAACCAAACCAAUUGUGGUGGUGCAACAGCAGGAGUUGAAACUGUCGAAAGUCAUCGGUGGGCUUGCCGUGUCAUCCUCUUCCACGUCGCUGAUGACGAGGCCGGCACCCUCCUCCCUGUCGGCACCUUCUGCGUUGGUGUCGGUGUCAGCACCCUCUCCUUUGCCGGCAUCUGCUUCAUCGGUGUCAAUCUCCUCGCCAGCACCUUCCUCUGCAAUUGCGAAACCGACACCCUCUGCGUUGGUAACGCCACCCACUGUAAUGACACUUUCUUCGCCGGUGCCACCACCUCUAUUGACAACUUUGUCGUCGAUGCCGCCGCCAUCAUCGUCGCCUUCAUCAUCAUUGGCGACACCGUCUUCAUCGACACCCCCUUCAUCCGUGUUGCCCUCUUCAACUGCACCCUCUUCACGGACGCCACCGUUGUCCACUCUGUCGGUGGCUCCCUCCCCUUCCGUGCCGUCCGUUGAGUUAUCGACGGUGCCGCCCCCUCUAUCGGCGCCACCGUCUACGUCGAUGACUCCCCCGUUGUCGCCGGCGUCGUCGGCACCGCCACCCGACGGGGAGGCCCCCCCGGCGCCCCUUGUCGCCGUGCCACCGGAUGCGAACGCAGAAGAGGAGUCUGGCGCCAAGCGGCGCAGGAUCAGCCUGCUGCAGUACCGGCGCCGCAUGGAGGAGCGCGGCCUCGAGCUGGGCCCCCAAUCCGCGGGCGGUGCCGGCGUGCAGCCGGGACUCGCAGAGCAGAGCGGCGCAGAUGAUGCGGCGAGUGCCGAACAGCUGGGGCGAGAUGAAAGCAAGGCUGCUGCUGUAGGAGCGCAGGCUGUUUUGCCCGCCGAUGCUCCGGCAGAGGCUGCAGCGGAGUCGAUGGAGGACGAUAACUACCUGGAGACGGAUCCCACGAUACGGGCGUUUUUCGAAGAGAUCGGCAUCGAAGCCAGCGACCUGGGCAGUCUGCUGCAGCAGUUCGAGGAGUCGGAAGGAAAGAGACGAGAAGUACCCGAGUCGACCGCAACGCGCACAGUGGGGACACUUGGCCAGGCUCAUGUCCAGGACGUUGGAAUGGAGCUCGAGUUGUCUGCUUCCGAAGUUCGAGAAACUCCUGGUGUAAUUGCGCCGAGCACGUCUCUUCACCCGAAGCCGGACGCAAAAGUCAAUUUGGCGUCGAGGGGAACCUCGGCAAAGAGGAAAGCCCCCCGUAGCCCUCGGAAGCGAGGAAUCCCUGUGGCUGGCAAAAUGCCGCGGCUGGAAGCGGCAACGAAGCAGCCGUGCUCCGGCCAGCUCGCCCCAUCGACGCCCGCAGCAGCGCAAGCUGCGUCCGGCCGCUUCGCUCCGGCUGCUGGUACCGUUCCCACGGCUGGCGCGAGGAUGAUUCCGCCUCUGCCCGCCGGCGUGGGUGCCGCCGCACAGGACCCCCCGUGUGUCAGCGCUCCGAACGCCGUGGGCCCCGUCAAGCUGUCGAAAGUUGAGCAGGCGCUGCCGCCGGCCCGGGCCAGCCUGGGUGUCGCGUCGCCGAGCGUCGUGGCCGACAAAAUGCUCUCUCUGCCUGCGUCUCAGCCGGUGGUCAAUCGUACGCCGCCUUGCCAAUCGGACGCCUUGCCAAAUCCCGUACGCGUGGCCAUCCCUGCCGCAGCAACCGCUAAGAUGCUCUCUUCGACGAAGUUAUCGCUUGUGCCAGCAGUGGCCGGAAAGCCACCGGCUGCUGCAAACCCGAGUUGCGCUUCAGUUGCUGCUGUUCUUACUGCUGCUGUUCAACUGGACAUUGUCUCCCGCGUCUCUGCGGCCAACCUUCCGUCGACUUCUGCGCAGGCGUCGCCGCUCGUCACACCUCAAGUCGUGAACGGUUGCUCGGCCAGCAAGUCGGAAAUCGGCGUCACUCGGGCGAACGGUGCCGUUGUUGAACGCGUGGCCGAGAUUCAAAUUCCCAACGUGCGCGAUCACGACUAUUGCCAGCAAAGCACCGCGGGCAGCGCCGCGGCGACAGUCUCGGAGAGCGCCGGCGCUCCGGCUAACGCCGACCCGCGGCGGGACGAAGCUCACAAACUCAAGCAGCAGUACCGCACGCGAGCACCAGGAGGAGGGGAAGCGAGUCGGGGGAGCUCGCCGCCCGCGCACGAAAGCAGCUGCUGCAGUACCAGCGGCGGUGGCAGCAGUAGCAGCGGCGGAGACUCAGAGGACGACGAGCCCGGCUACUACGACAAGCUGCCUGGCUACUACAGAAGCGGCAAGUCUCUGCCCGAGCCCAAGUACCAGCCGCUGAGAGCAGACCGUGCAGCAGCGGGGCUGGCGGAGGGCAGGGAGAGGGGCAGCCGCAGGAGCACUUGCACGACGGACGAGUACAGCUCGGCCAGCGACGAGGAGCGGUCGCCCGGCAAGGCGGCCCGCCACCGGCGCUACUACUCCAAGUUGCCCGUGUACCUGAGUGCUGCCAGCAAGGUCUCCAACCUUCCUUACGCCGACUGCGGCCAGGAGACGGCCAACAGCGACACGGACACGAGCGGCGGCGACGCCGAAGGCAGGAGCAGGAGCCGGCGCCGCAGGACCAGGAGCCGGGGCUCGCAGGACCGCCGGUGCGGCGAGGGGAGGCACAGGGCCCCGACGAGUGCUGCCGGCGGGGGGUCCCUUUCGAGCUCGCCGGGCCGACGCGACUCUGUGUCCCCGCCGUCGGCGGCCGCCGCCUCCCCCCACCAGCGCGGCCGCCAGCGUAGCCGCUCGCGGUCCGGGUACGGCCGGCGAUACCGCUCCAGCGGAGGGGGCCGCUCAUCCUCGUCGACGACGACGUCCUCGCACCGGCGAUCGGUGUCCCCCGUGCCGUCGUUCUCCUCGGACGUGCCGCGGUCGCGCCGACCGUCGCCCAGGUACGACGCGUACGAGAGACGGAGCGAGCGGCCAUGGCUCGAACGACGCGAGAGCAACAUCCUGGAUCAACGGCGGCGGCUGCACCAGAAAGCCAUUGAGGAGCGUCGCGUCAUCUACGUGGGGAAGAUUAACAGCGGAAUGACGACGCUGGAGCUUCGGCGUCGCUUCCAGUCCUUUGGGGAGAUUGAGAACUGCAGCGUGCAUUUCCGCGAGCGCGGGGACAACUACGGUUUUGUGACUUACCGCUUCACUUGCGACGCGUUCGCCGCGCUGGAGAAAGGCCACAUGGUGCACCUGCCCAACGAGAUACCCUUCGACCUGUGCUUUGGUGGCCGUCGCCAGUUCUGCAAGGCGUCUUACGCCGACCUGGACUCGAACCGAGGCUUGGAGAGGAGUACUGACCGAAGAACGGCGAUGGCCCCCUUGGACUUUGACAGCCUCCUCAAGGCUGCCAAGCAGCACAGCAUGUAGAGGUAACCAGUGGGACGGCGGGCACCCAGGCUGUUCGCUGAAAGAGGCGGCAGUUGAAGUUAGACUUUUUAAAGAGAAUCGCCUGGCGACCCCCCCCCCCCCCCCCACCUGACACUGCCUUGCCGGUUCGGUGUGCGGCCGCUGAUGAAAUUGCCACUACACUUCGCUGCACAUCACCACGGAACUCCGUGAAAAAGUAACGCCCAUCUCGCGCCCCGGUAUCCGGCGCGUUUACACCAACGCUGCUGCUCCUCAUCGCAAGUCCUGCGGAAUGACCCCGUGGAACGACUCCGCAGAACGACCCCGUGGGACUUCUUUUUAAAGGAGAGCGGCACGCGGAAGAUCUGCUGAGCAAAGUCAUUUUCUGCGUUGGCACUGUGCUGCGCCCACGUGCCCUGUGGUGUGCUUUGUUGGCCAAACCCUCUCCAGUGUGUAGUGCUUUUCAUGGCCGAUUUUAUUUAUUUUCUUUUUACAUUUUAAGCGAAGCGGCCCGAGGUUGGUGGUGUUAUUUAUACUGUACCUAAUGAACCUGUACAUUUUUCGCUUGUGCGAGGGGGGAGGUCUCCCACACAGUUUGUGGGGGUAUGGUGGACCGGAUGCCGUGGCACAGCUUUGAUGAUUUGCAUAAUGGUGAAAUGAUGAGCCGUUUUAAAAACUUUUAGUUCGAGUGUGCAUCUGUGGUGUGCCUGUGUGUAUAUAUAUAUGCAUAUGAAAAAGCAGAUUAUAGUCGACCAAAACCACAAUACAAAGCUACCUUGAACAUGCAUUUGUGAUGAGUGUACAUGGCCAGGAUAUGCGAUAAUAGGAUUUUGUACCUUGGUAAAAAAAUUACAUGGUUUUUCCAGUCAAUGCUGCCCUCCCCAACAAAAUGGGGGAACCUUGUUCAUCAACACGUAGCGAGUGUACGGAAGCCGAGACGAUGGUGUCCCCCAAAUGAAUGGGGUCGACUUCCACAUGGCUGGUACAUUGGUAUCCCACCGGGGUACGGGUGUAGGCCCUUUCCCCAAGUGGUUUGCCGUCACCCCGGUGGAAUGUGCCCAAAGAUUUUGUGGGGUAAAUUUGUGUUGCCCCCCUUCCCCACCCCCCCCCCCCCCCACAUUAGUAAGUGCUUUUGCACAUGUAGAAAAAGUCUCCUGUGGACGGCAGCAUCGACGAAGACAAAUAAUUCGCACGACCGAACUUAAAACGACGUGCGAUUAAAAAAAAAGUUUGCUUUCUAGCCCUAAAUGUCAGCGCCUUCCCCUCUGCCGGGCAAUCCCAUCAAAGCUUUGCACUGGCACCAGCGGCGUCGGCUGUGCGAGGGCACCGGCGAGUCGCUGCUGCACCCUGCGUCGUACUCUCGGGUUGAUCAGGAAAUGUGUCGAUUGGCUCCUGGCGCGCACAAUCAAAAGCGCGAGUCGACUUUUAUUUGCGUUUGGGAGAACGCAUCCGUUGGAGAGGCUUUGUCGAUCGCCGGGGAGUGCGUAUCGCUGCUUUUUCCGGCGGCUGGUUUAAUCUCGGUUGACUCUCUUUAACGGGCUGCUGUGCGGUGAAUUUGAAUGCACGUGGUGAACAGUGCCGAUUUACGGGGUUCGUCUGAUUUGGCUGGUUUAAAGAGAAUUCCUCGUAUUUUUAUUGUUUAUUUUGGCACUGCACAAGGGUGUGGAAUCGGCUGCAAUUGCAUAAGCGCAGGGACAAGUAUCAGCCUUGAAAUCCUUCAGCUCCUCAUCACGUGCACUGCCAGUGGUCUGGGAAGUUGACAACACAUCCAUAAGAUGAGCAUUCCCCCCCCCCCACCCCACAUGCUUCGAACAAAACCGCACACUACUACGCCUUUCCAUUGUUCUGGUGGUGUGAAAAUUCACAUUUUCCAAGCCAGGAUCCAGACAGAUUUUUGUUUAUUUUGUUGUCCUUCCAUGCAACGCUGAUUAGCACGUACGGUGCAAAAUAAGCUUCGACAUGCAUAACAGACCUGUCCAUGUGACGCCCGUUUAUGGUGGUGCAGUCUCACCUCGCCAGCUCUGGUGCGGUCUCGACUUACUCCAAGGGGGACGAUUCAAGCUUUAUCUUGGAUUUGAACUCGACUUUGCAAUCGUGAGACCUUGCUGUUGAUGUUAACCUGUAACCGUCAUAAUUAUAAUGCAGAGUGUUAAAUAGCCAAAUGAGUUAUAGAGGCACUAAGAAUUUUGCUCGACUGCAUAGGUGGGUGAAAGGGGCCCUAUAGUGUAUGGUGAGAAGGCGUACUAAAAAACUGGUGCGAAUCUGCAGUGGCAGAAGGCAUGGAUGUCUCUUUGCCGCUGAUAUGACGUGUGCUAUAGGUGUGGGUUUUAUUUUGCGUUUAUAUAAAAUUUAUUCAUUUUGAAAGGUUGUUGCACAUUUUGUUUUUCUUAAUCAACUUUUGUUUGAAUAACUUUCGCUGGUACAAGACACUGCUUACGAUGUCGCACAAGCAUAGCUUGCCGUGCCAACUUGGGUACCCGUGGCGUUUGUUGCAAUGAGUUUCGCUAAAAUUUCAGAAAAUAAGUCUUAUUCACUCUGCAAAUGAACAAGUAUCGUUUGGAGGACGAUGCUCGUAACGAACGGAUGCGCCCCGUGUACCGUUGGUACCGUUUCCCGCCCCCAUGUGCCCGAUUCUCAUUCUCGCCACGGUGACGGCAGAACCACUUGGACAAUGUUUCUUGCAAAACGAUUUAUUCCCCCAAAACCCAACUGUAGUCACAACCUGGCUCCAUCCAACCUUGCCAAGCCGUCUAUUUGAGAAGGUCGACGGUGAACCCAGAAGAACCUCGAUGUCACCAUAGCCACGCCGCUGCCGACAGAUUGCGGCGGUCCUGACUAUACGCUUGCAGGCGCAGUGUAAAACGCGACUUGGUGCCUGUUAUGGAAUGGGGAGGGGGUGUGUGGGGGGGGAUAGGCCUGGCAAAACUUGAGCAACCAAGAGGUUGCAAAACCCAACAUCUGCUUUCUCUGGACUUUUUUUUCAGCGCAUUUUAAUUUGCAGAUGGAUGCAUCCAUAUGCAUUUGCUGAAUUUGCACCUGAGCAGGGGUUUGGUUGGAUAACCGAAUCGUGUGUGUUAGCGGGAUGGGAGUUGGUGAAUUUUUAAAGGAAGGCUCGAGCCAAAACACACCCUUGUUAUUUUGCAGAUGCGUAGCCGACUUUUAAUGAGGAUUCAUGCUCCUGUCGGACAGUUCUGUACUACACAACUAAUUACAUGAACAGGCUUCACAUCCACAGAAUUGUAUGAGACUGUUUUGUCUCGUACGAUGUUUUGAACUGGUUUGGUUUUUAACAUCUCUUCAAACGUGUUGGCUGGAAUAGGGUACCACUACGUAUGUAGGUCUACGGCCCUUUAUCGAUCCACUGCUGGAUGGUUGCAAGUUUUGCAGGAGUUUGACCACAAUUCAAAAUGCAGGUAACUUAAUGGGUUGAAGGCGUGGGGCAUAAACAGACGUUCGCCAUGUAGCCCUGCCGCCAACAAUACCUCUGCAUGGUGGUAGGCCAUCCAAGCAUUAUCCAGGCGUCAACCUGCUUAAGCUUGCGAGCUCUGACGGGGAUCGGCUUCAUACCAGACGAUUUGGUCAUAAGCCAGACUGUAUCUAUGGAACGAGCUGUGUUUUGGUUUGCGCCUUCACUUACCUGCUGCUGCUGCUGUAUUGACACAAUGCUUAUCAAACAUCCUCCUGUGCCCCUCCAUUCGUCUCUUGAUUUAAUUGGCAUCUCACAAUGAAGCACUCCCUUAAAUUUUUAAUAAUCGUGGUCGCAAUUUGUUGCAACAGCAAAUAUAUAUUUUAAAAAUCUCGUUAUUUCCGCUUGUGAUCGUUGGCCCGAAUGCGACAUUGGCACGCUUGUGUAAACAAAAGGCCACACAUGAUUCGAUGCAGUGCAUUAUAAGCAUUAAUUGAUUUCAGUUUCUAUAUUGACGUUUUGCCUUUGUUUUACCGGUUGUUGGUGUGCAAUUUACAUGUCCAAAGGAGGGUGGCGUGAAACAUCAAACAAGGUGGAUUAUCGGAUGUGUUUUAGAGAAUUCGUUUAAAUUCAUUGUGCCUGCAGGCAUAGCAGCAGAGUAACUGAAUGUUGAUUUGUCAUUUUGCCUGCCGUUAUUUUUGAAUAAACUUGACAAGUGAAAAGGAAAAUAAAAUAUUAAAUGCAGUUUAGCUCAUCGUGCUGCUGAAAUCGGAAAAUGAAUUAAAAUAAAAGCGAAAAAACACGGCAAAAUGUUGUAACCCAAAUGAUUCCUAGAAAUGUGUUUUACAAGUACCCAAAAAUGUUGUUUUGAUAAUAAAAUAAUCAACUUGA